AUGCGCAUGACUUGCCUCAUGGCCUUUGUCAAGCAGCCUGUACGCUUGGUAGAGGCUGUCUAUGAGUGCACUGUGCAAUGUCAAGCUGAGCAGCUCGGCAAGCUGUACAGCGUGAUCUCAAAGCGCCGCGGCGACAUCUACUCGGAAGAGCUGUCUGAUGAUCUAUUGACUCAAACAUCUGGCGCGGCGAGCAACCCUCAACUCGUUUUUUCGCAUUGGAGCAUCAUCGAUAUGGAUCCGUUUUUUCAACCACAGACCGAGGAGGAGCGCGAAGACUAUGGAGAGCGAGUGUAUGAACAUAACUAUGUGAGACGAUAUAUUGAGGCAGUGCGCAAGCGAAAGGGUCUGUCCCGUGACGAAAAAAUUGUUGCUCGUGCCGAAAAGCAGCGCACACUAAAACGAUAG